ACCAUGCGCUCCUGCUCCAGCCACUCUCCUCGGUGCUGCUGCUUCACGGGCCGAACGCGAUUGAAAGCCCUGCAUGCUGCCAGCAUGUUUUAGCCUCAUGCAGGCGUCCCUCGGAGAUCCCAGAGCUGUGGACAGUAAUGUGAAAACGAUACUCAUGUCGUGUCUGAAAGGGCAACAGGUCAUCAUUAAAAUGGAGGCAAUGAAAAUCAUCCACCCAGAGAAGUUCUCAGAGCUGCAGGCGUCGCAGCCCCGCUACACACCGGCCCCCCGCCGCGAGCCGCCCCUUGUGGCCAAGCGCGCCUGGCCCUCGGAGUCCGAGAUCAUCGUGAACCAGGCCUGCGGAGACAUCCCUGCGCUGGACGCGGCCCCUGCCUCCCUGGCGCUGCCCCGGACUCCCCCGCUGCCGCGACGAGAGCGACUGUACCAGGGGCAGCGCAAGGGCAGCUCAGAGGUGUGCUACCACCGGCAGCCGCCAUCUGAUGAGGUGAUCGUCAACCAGUACGUGCUGCACCCCUCAACACCCUGCGAGCCCCUCGAGUGCCCCACGUGCGGCCACAUGUACAACUUCACCAACAAGCGGCCCCGCAUCCUCUCCUGCCUACACUCGGUGUGCGAGGAGUGCCUGCAGAUCCUCUACGAGUCCUGCCCCAAGUACAAGUUCAUCUCCUGCCCCACCUGCAAGCGGGAGACCGUGCUCUUCACUGACUACGGGCUGGCGGCGCUGGCGGUGAACACCAGCAUCCUCAACAGACUGCCUGCUGAGGCCCUGGCCGCCAACCCCGUGCAGUGGAGCAGCGACACCGACCGCAGCUGCUACCAGACCUUUCGCCAGUACUGCGGGGCGGCCUGCACCUGCCACAUCCGGAAUCCGCUCUCCUCCUGCACCAUCAUGUGAGCCGUGCGCUCGGCCCCCGCUGCCGCCCCGCGCCGCUCGCCGCGU